CAUUUCACAAAGAUAAAGACUCCAUUGCCCCACCAAACCCUAUACAUAUACCUAGCUACCAACGUCUCUAGCUACCAGAACAACAACAACAACAAGAAGCACUCGGCUUUCCCUCAUUGUCCGAGAGCUAAAACUCAAUACACUUCAUUUAAUUUUCUCAAAUGGCUUCUUCUGCAAUGGCUCUCACCUCCCCUUCCCUAGCUGGCCAAGCUGUCAAGCUUAGUAAAUCGACUUCUACCCUACGAGGUGAGGGCCGAAUUACCAUGCGCAAAACCGCAGCCAAGUCCAAAAAUGUAUCAUGCGGCAGCCCAUGGUAUGGUCCAGACCGUGUCAAGUACUUGGGUCCUUUCUCUGGUGAGUCCCCAUCUUACCUCACCGGAGAAUUCCCUGGUGAUUACGGUUGGGACACUGCCGGACUCUCAGCCGACCCCGAGACAUUUGCUAAGAACCGUGAGCUUGAAGUCAUCCAUUCUAGAUGGGCAAUGCUCGGGGCUCUGGGCUGUAUUUUCCCAGAGCUCCUAUCUCGCAACAGAGUCAAGUUCGGCGAGGCUGUUUGGUUCAAGGCGGGAGCCCAGAUUUUCAGUGAAGGCGGGCUAGACUACUUGGGGAACCCAAGCUUAGUCCAUGCUCAAAGCAUUUUGGCAAUUUGGGCCACACAAGUUAUCUUGAUGGGUGCAGUGGAGGGAUACAGAAUUGCAGGUGGACCUCUCGGUGAGGUGACAGACCCAUUGUACCCCGGCGGGAGGUUUGACCCGUUAGGCCUUGCAGAAGAUCCAGAGGCUUUUGCUGAGCUUAAGGUGAAGGAGCUUAAGAAUGGAAGAUUGGCCAUGUUUUCUAUGUUUGGAUUUUUUCUACAAGCCAUAGUUACUGGAAAAGGACCAAUAGAGAACUUGGCCGACCACUUGUCUGACCCUGUGAACAACAAUGCUUGGUCAUACGCCACAAACUUCGUUCCUGGAAAGUGAGACUGAGAGCAGAGAAGCGUUAUUACAAAGUUUGCAGGUCAUUGUUCUUGUGAAAUGGGGUUUCAGUUAAUAUGCUUAUGUUGAUGAAACUUGUUGAUCUAAGAGGAAUAUAACAACAAAUAUGCUUUGAGUU